AUGGAUGAUCAUAUACAAAUCCAUGGUGAUAAUACCUCGCCAACGACAUCAUGCGGUAGCGUGCUACCAAGGGAUACAACUGAAUCUGUGAUACAGUCACUCACAAACGGAUCUCGUAUUAAUGACGGAACUAGAAAACCUGACAAAGCGCCACUUAUGCCGGAUAUAGAUACAAGAUUAAACAGUGGAACUACGCAAAUGUAUACCGAGGAAAGAUCUUAUCUUCAUUCUGUGGAUUUCGUAAAUGCUGCUAAACCAAAUGGGCUGUCUACACUUUCUGGUGUAUUUGCACCUGUGGCAAUUUCGAUGUUUAGCGUUUUGCUGUUUCUUCGGAUGGGCUUCUCGGUUGCUGUAGAAGUUAAUUUGCUUACCAAGAUUCUGAAUACUUUUAUUGAUCAGUGUUUUGUUGUUGGUCAAUUGGGUUUCCUGCAAACAAUUGCACAGUUAUUCCUUGCAUAUACAAUCGUUAUGUUGACCGUUCUUUCACUUUGUGCUAUUUCCUCAAAUGGCGCUAUCGAAGGCGGUGGAGUUUACUAUAUGAUAAGCAGAUCACUGGGACCGGAGUUUGGUGGCGCCAUUGGAUUACUGUUUUAUACCGCCAAUGUUUUUUCUUGUGCAUUAUAUGUGUCGGGAUUUACCGAAGCUCUGUUAAGCAAUAUUAGUGAAGAAAGUUCACCAUCUAGCGCCAGCUGGAAAUUUCUGUGUUGUGUAUUCGUCUCCUUUGUUCUGCUACUGUUAUGUCUUCUUGGGGCUGGAUUGUUUGCCAAAACAGCUUUUAUUACAUUUAUUAUUGUUUCUAUUUGCUAUGUUACAUUUUUGUUAUCAGUCUUCAUAGUCGCACCAUUCAAUGUUCCGAUACCAAAAACAAACGAAAUUGCAUAUAUGGUUCUGUCAAAUUUGUCAGACCCGUCUUCUGAGAAAGUACCCGACUUCAACCAGACAUUGAAAGCAUCUUAUACAGGACUCAGGUUCGCAACUCUUAUUGACAAUAUGAUGACAAAUUAUACAUUUGAUUACACAACGUCGAAGCCUACUGAUUUUGCUGUGAUGUUUGCAAUUAUAUUCAGCGGUAUUACUGGAUUGAUGGCUGGCGCAAAUAUGUCGGGUGAAUUGGCACGGCCAUGCAUUUCCAUUCCACGUGGCACUGUACAGGCCGUUUUCGUUACAUUAAUUGUAUACAUUACUACAGCAUUUUUCACCGCUGCUACAUGCAGCCGUGAAUUACUUCAAUCAAAUUAUUCUGUCAUGAUGAAUGUGAACAUUUCGCCAUUGUGCAUUCUUAUUGGUAUAUUCUCGACAACAUUUUUCUCAUCCAUGAGUAAUAUGAUUGGUGCAUCUCGUGUCUUGAACCGUGUUGCACAUGAUAAGCUCUUCGGCUAUUUACUUCAUCCGGCGAAAAUCGAAGUUAGCGGCGUCGGUGUUAUAAGUACCAUAGUAAUGAUGUUAGUCAUUGAUGCUGCUAUGAGUGCUAUUGGCGUCAUCGUACUUUUGAUCUUGAUUAUAAUUCUGCAUUAUCAAGCUCCAGUAGGAUCUUGGGGAUCUAUAUCUCAAGCUUUGAUCUACCACCAAGUACGAAAGUAUCUUCUUCUUCUUGAUGUCCGCAAAGAACACGUAAAGUAUUGGCGGCCGCAAAUACUUCUUUUGGUUAGUCGUCCAGCUAGCGUUUGUCCGCUAAUGGAUUUCAUCAACGAUCUAAAGAAAAGUGGUUUGUAUGUAAUUGGUCACGUGCAAAAAGGUAGCAUGGAUGAUAGCAGUCCAAACUUGGACCCGUUGCAUGAGGUAUUUCCAUAUUGGUUAUCUUUAGUUGAUUAUUUGAAACUAAAGGCUUUCGUCGAAUUAACCAUUUCGAAAUCAGUUCGCGAAGGUAUUCAACAGCUAAUGCGUUUGUCUGGUUUGGGAGCCAUGAAACCGAACACCGUUGUCUUGGGUUUUCAUGAAAAAUUUCCAACAGAAAAUACUCUUGCUGAAUCUUGUCUUUUGAAAGAUCUUAGAUUUUCUCGUAUCGAUCGAGCUGCUGUUGUCGAGUAUUUCACUGCUUCAGAUUAUAUGCCACGCGAGCCCAACAAUUCGCAUGAACGCUUGAAUAGCGAGGAAUAUGUACGCAUUUUAAAUGAUGUAAUUCAUAUAAAUAAAAAUCUGUGUGUUGCGCGCUAUUUUAAUCAUCUAGAUAAAGAUGUCCCAAGAGGAUGGAAUGGUCAAAAAAAAUUCAUUGACGUUUGGCCAGUAUUCAUACAAAAACCAGGUGAAACAGGACUUGGCUGGGGUAACAGUUCUCUUUUUUUGCUCCAAAUGGCUUGCAUACUAUCGAUGAGUACUCGAUGGCGUUCAUCAUCAGUUCUGCGCGUUUUUAUUUGUGUUAAUAGCUUACAAGAUAUGCAGAGGCGUGAGCGACAACUGAAACAAAUGCUGGCAUAUCUUCGAAUAAAUGCGAAAUCAUUGGUAACACCAUGGGAUCAUGUUGUUUGUCACCUUGAUAGUGACAGUCCAUCAGCUCCAUUAAGGGAAUCAGUUGACUUGCCAUUGCCUUAUUUGACUGCUCUGAAUGAUUUAAUCAAGAAGAACAGUGGUGAUGCAGCUGUAUGCUUGUUGAAUUUGCCAACUCCACCAAAAGAAAUUUCACGAAGUGAGAAGUAUUUGGAAGUAAUAAGGCAUUUGACUGAUGGGUUACCGCCAACAUUGUUAGUACAUGGUUUAUCCUCAGUUAUAUCGACGGCGCUAUAA